AUGAUUAAUAUAGAAAAUAAGUCACAUCCACAACUUGGAGAAUCUUUUUCAACUCAAGAAGAGUUUUUUGAAACAAUUCGGCAAUAUGGUUUUAGUCAAGGUUUUACAAUUAGAUAUAGUAAAGUUGAUAAUAGAAAUAAAGAAAAAGAAAUACGUAAAAGAACAAUUUUAUAUUUACGUGAAGGUAUACCUGUAGCAAAGAAAGAUUAUGAUAAACCAAAGCAGCAAAGAGAAUUAAAACGAUGUAGAUGUGAUGUAUCUCAAAUUAUAUCUAUAUUAAAAGAAGAAUUUUCAGAGAAAAUUACGUGGAUCUAUGAUGAUAUAUAUAAUUUUAUUUACCGUACACAAGAAUUAAACAAUGAGAAAUUUGAUGCUUCUGAAUUUAUUCAAACACUUAAGCUAAUGCAAGAAGAAAAUCCUGAAUUUAAAUUUUCUUACAUGGUUAAUUUUGAAACAAACAGGCUUAAGCAUUCUAACUUUAUUAAGCAAUUCUAUAAAUAUUUAGAAGAAUGUGAUCAAAUUACUUUUAAUGAAUUGUGGAAUUCUCUCAAAAACGAAUAUCCAAAAGCUGUUGCUUAUUUAGUUCAAAUGGAAAAAACUGUUAACAAAUAA